AUGGAGUUAGCUAGGAAGCCACGCGAGCGCGUCGACUACACGGACCUGCUUCGUGACACUGACGGUAAACCGUUCGCGUCGAAACAGCAGCUGGCGGACGCCGUGAACCGUGAAUUUGUGACGGCGGCGGCCGCGUGCGGCGCGCCUGUCCCGGCCCGUGCGCGCUGUCGCGCCCACAUGGCCGAGUGGCGAGAUGCUAGCGAUACCUCGAUCAGAUUAAUACCUUUUACACUCGCAGAAAUCAACGUCAUUCUGAAAACCGCCAUCGCCUCUAAAAACAGCACGGACAUCUACGGGCUAUCCGCUAGCCUUCUCAGACAGGCCGGUUUUGCUAUUAGCUUCGUACUUUCGCAUUUAUUUAAUGACUGCAUGAAAUCAGGAGUAUACCCGGACGGCUUAAAAAAAGUAAAAAUAUGUCCCUUGUACAAAGGCAAAGGCCAAAAAUCCGCCGUGAAGUCAUAUCGCCCAAUUUCGCUAGUGCCAGGCCCCAGCAAAUGUUUCGAGGUCGGACUGAACAGAAGGUUAUUGGAAUAUUGGUUCCCUAGGAACGUGUUGUCCAACUGUCAGUACGCCUACCGCCGGGGCCGCUCCACCACUGAUCUAGUGCGGGAAGUAGUGCGCGACGUGUUGCGCGCGCGCGAGGCGGGCCGCCAUGUCGCAGCCAUCUGCUGCGACCUGUCGCGCGCGUUCGACACGGCUGACCACACGCUCGUCGCCGAGAAGCUCGCCCACUGUGGGAUCCGGGGACCGGCCCUGAGCCUGCUGCUGUCGUUUAUGACCGAGCGAACCCAAGUCGUCUGUGGCGAAAACGGGCAAAUCUCGUCUGCAGAGAUGCAAAACUUAAUGGGCGUUCCGCAGGGAUCGUGCUUAUCAAACACUUUGUUUAGCUUGCUCCUAAAUGACUUACCACGGGCAAUAAAUGGCGCAAGUAUUUACAUGUACGCCGACGAUGUCACAGCCGUGGUGAGCACGCCAUCUGCACGAGAGCUAGAGGGAGCUCUUAACAGCGUCGUGGGGCAGCUACAGGACUGGUUUAAGUCGAACGGUUUAGCACUCAAUAAAGAAAAAACGUGCUUUAUCACGUUCAAACUCAAUGGGCAUCCAACACAGAACCUGAAGGUAAGUGCGGGCGAUGCCCAGAUACAGCAUGUGACCUGCACGCGUCUCCUCGGCUUUCACCUUGACGGCGCCCUGGUGUGGGACACUCACAUAGAUGAGGUGUGCGGCCGGCUGGGGCGCGCAUGCUUCGCGCUUCGGCGGCUGGCGCGCACGGCUGGGCGGGCUGCGGUGCGCGACUGUUACUUCGCAACGGUCCACUCGCUGCUAACGUACGGCACCGAGCUAUGGGGUCGAUCCUCGGAUUGGCAGCGAGUGUUUUCGAUGCAAAAGAGAGCAGUCCGAGCAAUGGCCGGCGUGCCCGACGACACCUCAGCACGCGAGCUGUUUAAAGAAUUCCAUAUACUACCCCUGCCUUGCUUAUAUCUGUACCAAGUAGCCAUGUUCACUUAUGGACACAUCGAUGAGUUCAAGCGCAGGGGUACGAAUCCGAGAUACAGCUUGCGUAGCAAUAAAUAUGAAUAUAGGCUAAGUACAAUCUCGCACAAACUCGCCAAAACGGAAAGAUCAGUAUACUACCUAGGACCUUCCGUGUAUAAUCGGUUGCCAAGCACAGUACGAAAUGCAGCAUCCGCCCAAAGCUUUAAAAGUAGACUGAAGUCGUGGCUCGAGGAGAAUAAUUUUUAUAAUUAUCAAGAUUUUUUCAAUCUGCCUCUUGCAGUAUAA